CUCAAGGAACACUGGAGAGAGCAACGGCUUGUCUAAAGCUCCUAUCUCGAGGGAGUUGGGAAGCCUUGAUGUCGAUGCUAAUGGAAAGGAAGAGAGGAAGAGGAAUGACAUUUGGCAGCUGUUUGAAGAGGCUCAACAGAAUAUCAUGUACUUGAACAAACAGCGUCUCCUGGCCAUGGAAGAGCUCGGGAGGGUAAAGAACGAAAGGAACUCAUUGCUUCAGAGGAUAGAGCAAUUGGAGAUGCAAAAUCAGGCAACUGCUAGAAAAGAUAAACUUACGAUCAGCUCAGAGUUGCUUCUCAGAAUAGAUGCUUUAGUCCUUAAUGGAGUGAUUGGCAGUACAGAGGCAUCUGAUUUAAGAAGACUAGUGAUUGACUCAAGGGUUGGUUUGGCUGAUGAUAUACAUGACAUUAUUCUCAUGAAUGAUGCUGAAUUUCUGGCUGAGCUGCGUCGUUUUUCUAAGACGAUCAAAGGUGGGGCUGACCUCUCACUGUAUUCUCUAGACGUGACGACAUUACACUGUUACAACAGAAGCAUCGCAAUUUACAGUACACCGUUGAUAUUUCAUAGUUCUAAAACCCAAUGGAAUUAUAUACUAUACCUGUGUGAUAAAAAUGUGAGGUUCAUUGAUGAAUAUGAUGAAGAACUGUCACAUUUGAUCAUUUGAUAAAAAUGCUUUGUCCAUCUCUUGACGAUCAUCUGCUUCAAGUGCUCCUGAAGGCCAUAAAAUAUGAAAUGGCUCCUAUACCUGUAAACGUCACCGACAGCAGAUUCAGGGACUUUGGAAAUGAUAGUAGCGAAAGAAGUAGAUUCUCACAGUAUAUCAACUCUACAUUUGGGAAUAUGUCUCUUGGCCAAGCAUUAGAUGAAAUUAAGAACGAUCCAUUAGAGUGGAAUAGAAGGAUAAUAGAUGGGAUGGUGAAGGAUUUUUCGUGGGAAUCGGAAUGCGCGGAGGUGCAUAUUUCUGCAUACGAAGUAGUGAAGCAGUUAUAACAGACGGUAGAGGCAGCAAAACAGUUUUUAGAGCUGUAGAUAUCAAGGAGGGAAAAAACAGAGGAUCUUCAGAUGAUUUGUUCUCUCAUUAGAUCCAUCUCCUCUGGUCUGUGUUGCCCAGUUUUCCACUUCAAUAGAACUCAAGCGCUCUGCAUUUUCUAGAGACAAAAAAUGCUAAAGCAAGAUUUUGCUUUUCUCAAUAAACAAGAACUUGUCUGAA